AAAGAAAAAGACAUUGUAAUCCUGAACUUCAUUAUUUCAUUGUUAACCAUUUAUGUGUCAAUAUUUUUACUAUUAAUGUGAUCUUAUGUUUAAAUAUUGCAAAUACAACGAUAUCGUUUGCAAUAAUCAUAUACACAGUAGAAUUUACACAUGUAUGUAAAAAUAUGGUCUCGUAAUAUAAUUGGUAAAUAUGACAUUAAUGGUUAUUAUGAAUACAACAUAAUCGUAUGACGAGCAUAAUCAUGGGCAACUGCUUUAGAAGAUCAACUACAGAUGAUAUUUCAUUAUUAAGGGGUAGUGAUAGUGUAAGAGAAUCAUCAUCUGAUCAGUUAGGACCCCCAGCUUAUCAGGAAACUCUUCCAAUUCAGGCAGCUUCUCCUGUAUUUCAUCCAUCACCAAGUGUAACUCGCUCAGUUACCCAACUUACAGAGGAAGAACAGGUGAAAAUAGCCAAAAGAAUUGGAUUAAUCCAGCAUCUACCCACAGGGACAUAUGAUGGAUGCAAAAAAGCUAGAGAAUGUGUUAUUUGUAUGGGAGAAUUUCUAGUAGGAGAUGCACUACGAUAUCUGCCAUGUAUGCAUACCUAUCAUAUGACAUGUAUAGAUGAUUGGCUUAUGAGGAGUCUAACAUGUCCUAGUUGCCUAGAGCCUGUUGAUGCUGCCCUGCUCACUAGUUAUGAGACCAAUUGAUAGCCAGUGCCUUUGCAUCUGAAUCAGGCCAAGUUGUGAACUAUUCAGUAAUAACAUGAUAGGAGUACAUUCCAUCAAAAAUGUUUAAAAAUAUAAUGUGGUUCAUUUAUCUAUUUUCAGUAUAUAAUUAUGUAUUCAUUAAUAUUAGAUUUCAGUUGUAAAAGUAUCAGAUGCUAGUAAUAGAAUCAACAUAUUUUUUUUAAAACUACAGUGUGAAUAAUUCAUUAUAGUAAAAUAUAAAAUAUUUUUCUAUUUUUGAAACCGAAAUGAAUUUAUAAUAGUAAGACAAACAUUGUGUUUAUUAAACUGCUUGAUGGAGUGCACUUCUGUUGAAAAUGUCCACAUUUUGGCCAAUAGUGAAACACUGUGAUCUGAACUGAUUGUUUUUAGGGGGCGUGAAUGUUUUGUAUGAAAGGAGGCUGUGAUAAUUUAGCAAAGGAAUAACUAUAGGAUGCUUGGUCUAUUAUAUUUUAACUGUCACAUUUUGACAUUUCAGAUUUUUAUUUUUUAAUUGAAUAUAGUGAGUACUUAUCUUUAUAAUUUUUGAAGUUCUAAUAGUCAGUGUAUUGGUACCAGUAAAAAUAACUUCAACAAUUCGAUUUGCACUUGGAUCCUGUAACUGAUUGAAGCUGACAUACGUUAUGAGUCCAGUGGACUUGGUCCCGGAUCGAGGCACAUGUUUGGAUCAUUCAGGCAGCUUUCAGCUUCUAGUGGCCAAUAGGUCUACUAGUAAAUUACAUACAAUAUUUUUGUAAAAAAGUAACAUUACUGAUAGUGAGCGCUAUCAGGAGUGUGGUUGUGACCUGUUUGAGCUGGGGGACGAAGAUAUGGAUGAAAAUAACGACCUCGCGUGACCGAAUUAGAUAGAAUGGAGUACCAAAGAAGUUAUGACGAGUUACAAGAGCUUAGAAACUCACAAUUUCCUCAUCUGUAACCUUGCAUUUCCUCAUCGUGUGAAAGUGCUGCCAGGAAAGCGUGCCAAUUGUUGUGCAAUCAGGACCGUAGUGUUCUUAUUUCCUCUUGUUCUUCUGAAAUCAGGAUUUAACUCUUAUCACAUUUUGUCUUAAUGUCCGAGUAACUUUUCUUCUCUCUUUCAUUGCUUUCAAUUCUCCUAAAUCAUUUUGUGCGUGUACUAUAUCUUUCCAUUGGAAGAAACAAUAUACAACUGAAUAGUGUUUCUUUCUUUCCACUUUUAAAGAUUUAAAUUUCCCUGUCUUGCGUCCAGAGGAGUAAUUGAGAUUUGUUUCAGAUAUUUAGAUAUAAAACUAAUAAAUUCAGGGUCUCAAAUCAUCUUUGACAUUUCGAUAUUUCCAGUCUUUUAGGUAGUCUUGUUCAGUCUCAUUAUUUUUUGUACCAAAAACCCAAACUAAUUAGUCCUUGGUAGUAUCUUUCACACUUUUUUCAUCAAUCUAGGCUUUUGCAAAGACUGAAAAAUGAAAUUUGGCGUAAUAGUUAAAUAGCAGUUGAUAUAUAUGAGGGGUCAGGUUGUUGAUAGCAAUUUCACGCACCCUACGACUCAUUUUUUACUACAACAUCGCAGUUCACCAUCUUUUAGUAAUUCUUCAAAAGAAUUGAUAGGUAUGGUGCUAAGAUCACCAUGAUUUGCUUACAAAAACGCAUCAACAAAAUGGCUGACACCCAGUUGUCGUAUCUGACCGUUACAUGGCGCUCGCGUCACAGGGGACAAAAAAUGCAACCCGCAUGAAUCGUUAAAAUCGUUUUUAUUCAAUGUAUUUCUCACAUUCAAGUUACUGGUGCCUUUACCAUAAAUUAUAAUUAUUUUUAAGAGCAUGAUUAAAAAUAUCGUGACUAAGUAUAUUUUUCAAGAUACAUAAAAAAACAUAGCAUUAGUUUCACUACACUCUUAUUGCAUUCUAUCAGUAUUAUUAUUUAAGUGAUACAACAUUUCUAUAAUAGAUUUACAUAUCACGUUAAUAAGAAUAACAAUUUUUAAUACUAGAACUGAAAAACGAAUGCAAUUUAUGGAUCGCACUUAUAUGAAUAACUACCAAUAAGAAACAAUAGAAAAAUGUUCAAAUUAGCCUUUUGAGUAUUAAUUAGAACUAAAUCAUGAUAACAAGAUAGUUUAUUCAAUUACAGAACAAUAAUCCUUCCUGUUUUUGAACUUUGUUUAUAAAAUAUUGCAUUUGUAUGGUCAUAAGCUCUUUAGAUUGUGUUUGGCGUCAUCAAACUUCACAAGAUCCAACUCGUAUACUAAGCUUAACAUAUGAAGGGCCACGGGGAAGAAUGAUCACAGAAAAAUUGAAGUAAUUAAAUUUUUCAAAGUCUUGAUGUUGCAAUACGUUAUUUAUUACAUUGUAACAAAUUAAGACAUGCAUUUAGUACAUUGAACCUAAACAAAUUAUUUAAAAACUGAUCGUUUUUGCCAGAUAGCUACUGAGGAGGUUUAUCAAUUGGUAGGUCUUCUACUAACUCGAUGUGAUCUUCUUCAACAUACAGAAAAGGCGAUUACUGCAGAUGCUCAAAAUAUUGUCAAACAAGCUAUGCGAUUUUCAAAACUUUGCAAUACAUUUUGCAACAUCCCUGACUGUUUAAUUCUUCUUAUUUCUGUGGUAAUCCAAUCUUUUAAUUCCUGAAUAUUGACAGGUUUUGUUUUUUAUAAACGAUUUUUUAAGUGACCUCACAGGAAAUAGUCUAAAGGAUUCAUGUCGGGUGAUCGCGGGGGCCAUUCGAUAAAAUCAUGCCUUCCAAUCCAUAUUCUGAGGUAGGACACCAUCUUGUUGUCGCCAAAUAUUGUCGUUUAGGAUAUUGUUAUUGUCUAAUUUCUUAUAUACAGGGUGAUCCAUUUGAAAAAACAAAGUUCAUUAUUUUUCCGGAAAAAGGAAAGGUGUGACAACAAUGUAAAUACCGGCCGUAUCACAAGACCCUAGUACACAAAACUUUAUAAAAAUCGUACUAAUUGCAUGUAGUAAUAAGCCAGGACAAAGAAAUUGGUCAAGGGAAUCACAUUUUGGUUAAUUUGAUUAAUUUUUUUCUACUAAUACCCAAAAUUUCUUUCGAUUCGGGACAUCUACAUCUAAUUAACUGCAAAAAAACCUGACCUGCUAUUUGCUUCAAAGCGCCCUACAAAAAAUGCGCUCAAAAUAAAGAUUUUAAUUAGUGAGAGCUGCUUUUUUUGCCCAAUACAUGACAAACUCAAUUCCAGUAGUAACGAUCACUUUUUAAUGGUUAUUUCCUAUUAACAAAUUUUCAAUGGAAAUUUGAUUUAAAAAAGUUGUUGCUGCUAGUUUAAGGUUUGUUAGAUUGUACAUUCAUGUUUAUGUAUUGAAAGUUCGUGAUAUAUCCGGUUUCGAACGGCUCUUCAAAUUUUCAUAAAAUGCUUGUACGAAUGGUAGGGCUAAUACAUUAGAAAAAAUGAUGUCAAACAAUUGUAAAAUUGUACGUUAUCUGUUUAUUAUUUAAAUCUGAAAAUAUGAUCAAGUGCAGUAUUUUACAUAGAUGCGCUGCGCUGUGUUUAUUUACUAGAAUUAAUGAUUAAGCUUAUCUUUUUAAUCUUGUUUAUGCGGAUGUUUCAUAUGGUUAUUUCUCAGCUAUUAGAUGAAUCCUAUUGUAUAUACAUAAAUGAUUGUUCACCUUGUGUUAAUACAGUCAGUUUUUAUUUUAUUUCAAAGUGGUGAUAGUCUUGGGUCAUUCCAUAUUGAAUCGACCACUGCAAAUAUAAUUUAUGUAUUUUUAAAUAUACUUCGGUUAGUUACACUCAAAAUUAUCAAUUCGACAAUAUUAUUUUAAUCAAUGACUGUAAGUUUCAGAUUGAUUUUGUAUGUUGGAAUGGCUUCGUUCAUUAUGUAUGUAAAAUUUAAGAUAAUUAAAAAAUAUUAUUUACACUUCGUUUUUUUAUUUCAAAUCUUCACAAUAAAUCAUAUACAGGGUCGUCAC